GCCACCAUCUGGGGAUUCACCACUGACUCUUUCCCUGUCCCUCCAGCUUCUGCUCCACCUGAGUUCCUGAAGUCCUUCCCUGCCUUGUCAGGGUCUGAUCAUUCUGUCCCCACCAGGUCACUACGCUGCCCCCAGCACACAGAUGAACAGAGGCGAACCGUACGGAUUUAUUUCCUUGGGCCUUCAGCUGUCCUCCCAGAGGUCGAGAGUUCCUUGGAUAAUGACAGCUUUGACAUGACUGACAGCCAGGCCCUCAUCAGCAGGCUUCAGUGGGACGGCUCUUCUGAUCUCUCACCUUCCGAUUCAGGCUCCUCCAAGACGAGUGAAAAUCAAGGAUGGGGUCUAGGUACCAACACCUCUGAAUCACGGAAAACCAAGAAAAAGAAAUCGCAUCUGAGCUUGGUAGGGACUGCCUCCGGCCUGGGCUCCAACAAGAAGAAAAAGCCAAAGCCACCGGCUCCCCCAACGCCCAGCAUCUAUGAUGACAUCAACUGACUUGGGUGCAAAGGAUAGCCUUUGGCUGAGAGAGCCCUCUCUCCCGACCCCCACCCAGGCAGCAUAGCCUGGCAUAUGGACAGCUGCUGGGGGUUUGGGCUUGGGAAGCUUGGUGGCCCAGGCAGGCAGAGGAUCCAGUUAUGUGCCCCUGGGGGGUGUCAGGGUCCUCUGCAAGGAAGCAUGACCCCUCGGCGUGCAGGACUCAGACCUGGACAUAUUAUGCCUUGGACAUAAGUUUGGUGGGGAGGUGGUUUUCCUAUUUAUUCUGUGAGUUACUGGAUGUCCAGCUAGGCUGGGGGCCUGACCUGGGCACUGUGCCAGGGCACUGCCUGCUCCCCACCCCAGGAACUGGACUAAGCCCUGCCGAGGGGCAUUGUGGCUACCCAGGCGGCUUUGGUUUGGAAGCUGAGCCCAGAGGAGGCCUCUCCUGGCUGCCCUCAGCAAUGUGAAUGGGUCCGGUGCUUGGAGCUGAGGGGCAGGGCUGGUGUGUCCUGUCUGUGUGCAGAGUCCUAUCAGAUGUUCCCAGUCCCCGGGGUCAGCAGGCAGAGUGCUGUCUGCUGAGGUGGGCGUCCAGAACUGCCUCACAGGGGCAGCCCUUUCCCCUCAGUCCCCAUGGGCCUCCUUGGCAGCAGGAGCUGUCCUUUUGUUGUUGGGUGCCAGGAAAGGGCCUCCAGCCUCUACAGCUUCAAGGAAUGGGAAGGGGAGGGUAGGAAGAGGGAGCCUGUAUCAGAGUGGCCCCCUGCCCUCCCUGCCCCAGGGCUGUGAGGACAGCCCAGGUGAGAGGGACGGUGCUGCUUUAUUUGAAAUGUUUCUUACCUCAUUCCCUGCCCCAGGAAGGGGCCCAGCCUCACCCUCCUGGGGUGGCCCUGUGUUCACCCUCCCACCCUGCCCCAUCCCCACCCCGCCCUGCCCUGCCCUGCCCUGCUGGGGCAGCCUGAGUUCCCAGCUGCUGCUUGCCACCCUUCACCUUGACCAGCUUUGGUUCCUCUCAGUGCUCCCGCCUCUAAAGCGUGCCCUGUUCCCCUCCCUUGCCGCUUUUAAGUUAUUUAUUCUGUACUCGUGGUUUGGGGCUCUGAGGAAAAACCCUAACCUUGUGCCUCUCUCCCUUUGCUAGGAGUAGGGUGGGAUGAGAAGGUAGUCUCUGCCCUGGGUUGUCAGCGGAGGUUGGAUGGGUGCUGCUGACCCUCUGUGGGACUGUCAUGCCAGGGCACCCACCUACUUGGCCUACAUCCUCAAGAGAUGUACUGUCACACCUCGCAAGUAGGUGGUAUCAUGCCUUGGAACUAAGCUGGAGGACCUGGGUAUGGGCUGGAGUACAGCUGACUGACAGGGAUGGGGUUGACCCUGAGCCAUGUUUUCUGGCACUUGCUAUACAUGUCCCCUCUCUUCCCAGGAGGAGCCACUCCCACAUUGGGUAGCUAGUACCCAGGACUGGUUGGACUUAUUUGGGUUAGGGACCCUAGAGGGUUAAGGGAACAACAGAGCUAGGGUUGUAGAACCCUGUCUGGAACCCCAGUCUUCCCCCUGGGGUUGUUCUGAUUGUGGCUGAUGCCUGGUUACAAAUUGGUUUUUAACCCAAGCAUUGUGAUUAUUUUUUAAAAAGUCAAACCAAUUUUGGCAGGAGUUAGAAUAAAUCCUGGAGCCUGGGCUCCUCUGUCCUUGA